AUACUUGCAAAUUGAAUAUAUAAUCUCCUCUCCUGCAGCUGGAGUUCUCAGCCUAUCCUCCGCAGCAAUGGCUGCUCUGGGAAGCGGCACCAUGGCCACGGGCCUCCCCCACCCAAAUUUCGCUGCCGCCACUCCAAUUCUAAGGAGGACGCCUCUCAGACUUGUUUGCUCUGUUCCAGCUCCGACCCCAAGAAAGCUCACCAACAGAAAAAACUACCUCCGCCAAAAAGUCCUUAAAACCCUAACUAAACCCUACCCCAGUUCUUUUACUGUUGAAUCGCCCCAAAAAAACCCAGCUAUCCCAGUCGAAUUGAAACAGGAACAAGUUCUAAUCGAGCAAUUUUCCGGCGAUUCUUGCCCUGCCACUGUUUUAAAUGAGCUGGAAGAGCGGGAAAUGCAAGAAUUUCGAGAAGCUGAAGUUCGAGAACCUGUUAAGCUGGUGGACGAUAGAAUUGGUAAUGUUUCUAAAAAUUCAAUUUUUAAAUAUGGUUUGUGGUUAGUGGCGGCUUUUUUGUUUCAGACCAUUUGUGCUGUUUGGGUAUUUGGGUCAGCUGAAUUUGAGGAUAAAAAUUCAGCCUUGGAGGUUGAUGUGAAUGGAAAAGGUAAAUCAAACGUGAAAUAUCUAAGGAACACUGAAUUGAGAUUGGAAAAUGGUGGGUUUGUUUAUGUGGAUGAAGAUGAAAUAGAGAAGAAAAUUGAGGAAAUACAAGUAAUGGCGCGGGAGGCGAGGGCGAGGGAAAGAUUGGAAAGAGAAGUUAAUGGUUUUCCUGCUGGAGAUAGUGAGGGAGAGGAUGAGUUUGGCCAGAGUGGUAUUGAGAAAGAGGUUAAUGAUCGACUGGCCAAAGUGAGGAGGAGGUAUAAAUAUACUCGUGGAACAGUGCCUGUGGGAUCAGUUGAUCGUGUGAAGGAAAAUGCGGUCAGUGAGAAGAAUAAUUUGGCAGGGCGACAGCCAAUGGAUGAUGUGAAGAAAGAUGGUGUGAGUGAGAAGAAAAGUUUGGGUGGGAAAGAAGUUGAAGAAUCAUUGAUGUUUAAGAAGAAGUAUAGAUUUAGAGGUUUAUCUAGCAAGCCGAGUGAUAAACCCAAGGGUUUUACUGGUUUAGUCGAUCAUGGUGUUGGUAAAGAGGCAAUUACUAGUGAAGGUGGUGGGGGUGAGGUGUUGAUGAAUGGUAGCAUAGGUGGUGAUGUUGCAGAUUUGGUGGUUGAUGUGCGCAAGCAGGACCUCUGGCCCAGUGAUUUUAGAGCUGGCAUGUCCAUUCGUUUGGAGGAUGGUGAGAAGAAACAAGUGCUGGAAGCACCUAUGUUUCAAGGAACUGCUGAAAAGAAGUUAAUGAAAGAAAAAGACAGAAGAGAAGCAGAAGAGAAAGUAGGCUUUGUUAAGUCCAAAUCAGACGGUCUUGCACAGGAGAGAAACCAGGGAAAGCCUCUGACAAAUGCUGAGAUCUCAAGAAAAUCAAAUAUUUUGGAGAAGACUGAUUUAUCCAAUGAACAUGAUGUGUUGAACAAUACCGGCAAUUUGAAGAGCAGAGGAACUGAGAACUACCAAUCAGCCUCUAAAAUUGGACAGAAUAACUUAGAAAGUGUGACUGAUUGUUGGUGGUUGAGGCUUCCUUAUGUUCUUGUUAUCCUCAUGCAAAGAAGACUUGAUGGUAAUGGUGUAGAACAAGGCCUAUAUACUUUGAGCAGUCCUUAUGCAGAGAACGACUCAUCUCACAUGGUUACUUUUGAAGAUCGUAGUGAUGCAACCAACUUCUGUUAUCUGGUGCAAUCCUUCUUUGAAGAUCUUGAAGAUUUUACUGCUGAAAUUGUUCCCUUAUCAAUCGAAGAACUCAAAGAACGAGUCAGUUCUCAUACUUUGAAAGUAAUUGUGGUGAAGAAGGGGCAGCUGAAGCUUUAUGCUGGGCAACCGCUACCAGAUGUGGAGAUGGCCUUGAGGUCUCUGGUUGGACAAAAUUGAAAGUAACUAUGGUCCUACAAAACCAGAUAGGAUGACAAAAGAACCUUCGUUCUGCGGUGCAAAUUUUCGUGGAGUGGUAGUGGUGGGAGUUUGCAACUGCUGAUGCAGAAAAAAGAUUACAUUUUGAUAUGGUAUUAGAAAUGGAGAGAAGUACUUUCUUCUGUUCUUUUUUUUUUUUUUUUUUUCGCGGGUAUGUUUUUUGAUAUACUGGCUACGUUACAGUUAUUUAAGCUUAUAAAAAGUGAGAGAAGGUAAUAAAACAAAAGCUAGCCAACCUCUAUUCUUUUGUCGCUUCAA